GAUGAUCGUCCAUUCGGGCUCGUUAUCUUUCGAGUCUAGUCAUAUAAGGUCGAUAUUUCCUCCGCAACGAACCAUUUGGAACAACCAUAGAAGCGUUACGGUAAAUGAGGACAACUCUAUAUUUUACAACAGUCAAGGCUUCAAGCUCAAGAGUCACUUUGGCUCCCACUGCUCGCCCUUUGGCCAACCACGCGGCUGUAAUCUCAUUGAGCCCUGGACCUACUCAUUUGCCAUGUGGCGGGCUAUCUUCAGGAGCUGCCAUAAGACAUAUCCAUUUGACAGGAACAGCCAGAAGGGAGAAGCAGAGUCUUACUUCCACCACUACCCAUAUUGUCGAAGCUCGAGCAUCGUUUAAAGAUCCUGUUACAAGAUAUGAGCAUCUCGUCAAAGAUAAAGUGCUUAGGUCAGAUCCAUACCAGAGAGGAAUUAUACAGAAGCUUCAAAGAUUAUGGGAUGACUUGAAAGACUAUGAUCCUGGACCUGUGCCGGCUGCAGCUGUUCAGCCUUCAUCCUCCAUCUUCAGCAGAUUCUUCUCUAAAGGCCCCUCACAAUCUGAAGUAACAAUCCCUUUAUCUAAUGUCCCCAAAGGUCUCUACCUCUACGGGUCUGUUGGUACAGGCAAGACUAUGCUUAUGGAUCUCUUCCACUCCACUAUCCCCAAGCAAUUCCGGCCUACCUCUCAAGGCGGUUAUGGAUCUAUCCGAAUACAUUUCCACGCCUUCAUGCUCGACGUCCUUCAGCGACAGCAUAAGUUGGUCGUUGAGUACGAAAAGGCGGGGUUGGGAAAAAAGGACGUGUUGCCAGAGGUAGCGAGGAGCUUAGCGAAUGAAGGGAGGGUAUUGUGCUUCGAUGAGUUUCAGGUUACGGAUAUUGUCACUGCGAUGAUCCUUAGAGGGUUGUUGGAAAGACUCAUGAGCUUUGGCGUGGUUUGUAUCAUGACUUCCAAUCGGCAUCCGGAUGAACUCUACAUCAAUGGUAUCCAACGACAAUCCUUCAUCCCCGCCAUCGAGCUCAUCAAAGAGCGCUUCGAAGUCGUUGACCUUGACUCUGGUACCGACUAUCGAGAGAUUCCCCGGGCGCUUUCCAAGGUGUACUAUAACCCUCUCUCUCCAACAGUUAAAUCCGAGAUCAAUAAGCUGUUUGAUUCUUUUGCUUCGACAGACCCCGUCUCCUCUGAAGUUGUCCAUAACCGGAAGGUCCACCUUUGGGGACGAGAACUGAAUGUUCCCGAGUCGUCGGGAAGCGUGGCGAAAUUCACUUUUGCGGAUUUGUGUAACAAACCUCUGAGUGCUGCAGAUUAUCUCGAGGUGACGAGCAAGUUUGGUACGGUGUUUGUGGAAGAUAUACCGAGGAUGGGAUUGAGUGAAAGAGAUCAGGCGAGGAGGUUCAUCACGUUCAUCGAUGCAUGCUACGAGAACAAGACAAAACUUUUUUGUUCUAGUGAAGUUCCAAUUUUCCAGGUGUUCUCCGAUAAGCAUGGCUCAGCAGCCGAGGACGCACACAUGCAAGAGGUCAUGGACGAACUUGGUCUUGAUCCUUCAGCAGUGGGAUCAUCCUCAUUAUUCUCCGGCGAUGAAGAGCUGUUCGCGUUCGCGCGAUGUGUUAGCCGAUUGUCCCAGAUGGGGACUAAGCAAUGGUCCGAAACGGCAGGGCCACUAGCGGGUGCUUAAGCAAAAAGUUGGACAAGCAGGAAUGGAUACCUUGCAUAUUAGAUGGACUGCAUGUAAUACCCUACGCGUGAGCGGGCACACACACCUCACCGCCAUUUUGCGUCAUUUUAUUGUUCC